AUAGACAAACAAAACUGCAAGAAAUGUGAGAAAGUUUUGCAUCACUUGGAAGAGAUCGACGACGACGCAGACCAACAUAAUAUCGGUUUUGUUAAAAUAUCGGAACCCGAACUCGCCUACGAAUAUGGACUUGACGAUCUGCCAGCCCUUGUCUACUAUAGGAAAAAGAUUCCCAUUGUAUACCCAGAUGACUUAGAGGAAGAGCAAAAGGUGUUGCAAUGGUUGAUAGAAUUCAGGGAUACGGUCGAAGAUCCGGAUGAGUUUACUGCGGACUCAGACGAGAUUGAGGACGUGUCAGCAGCCAUACUGACCCAACUCAUCGAGUCGUCCGAUUCGUUGGCCGUACUGUUCUGUAAGCUCAAGCGAUUCGGGUGUCUGGCGAAUGGCACCGGUAGUUACCUGACUAAUACGUGGUCUUAUUUUUUUUUAUCAUUUCGUGAUACCUUUCCCUAUAAAUUAGAUGAUGACGAGGACAAGGAUAGUAUGGAAGUGUUGCACGAAUUAGAGAAUAUAGACGACGAGUGCGAUCAACACGACAUAGCGUUUGUCAAAAUAGAUGAUGUGGAGGUGUCCAAGAGAUUUGGUAUUGAUUAUCACGAGUUGCCAACAUUGGUCUACUUUGAAAAGAAAAUACCUAACUUUUACCAAGGUGAUCUGAUGGUUGAGGAGGAAGUGCUGAAAUGGUUGAUCCAUCAGAAGGCCUCCGAUGAGAUUGAGGACGUGUCGGACGUAGUGUUGGAUAAUAUGAUCGACUCAUCCAGUUAUUUAGCCAUUAUGGCAAUGUUGAUUAACGACAGGGACGACCCGAAGUCAAUGGACGUACUCCAGGAGCUCGAGAACAUCGACGACGAGUGCGACGAAAAGGGAAUCCUAUUCGUGAAGAUAGACGACGAUUCAAUGGCCCGGGAGUACGGAAUCGAUGACGAACUACCAACCCUUGUGUACUUUGAAAACAGAAUCCCCAGCGUAUACCAGGGUGAUCUCAUGAACGAGGAGAAGGUGUUGGACUGGUUGGUCAGACAGACUCAGUCGGAUGAGAUCGAGGAGGUGUCCCACGAGAUGCUGGCCCUCCUCAUCGAGAAACACAAUUACGUUGCGGUCCUUAUAUAUAAGGCUAAGGAUAAGAAUAGCGAGAAAUUGCUUAAGGAAUUA